AUGUCUUUAGGUCUUACCUUCAACUGUGUCCUGCUGCUGCUGCAACUACUACUUGCAAGGUCUUUGGGAGAUACUUAUAUAGUUGAGGUCGGUAAGAAUGCCUAUCUGCCCUGCAGUUACACUCUAUCUACACCUGGGACACUUGUGCCUAUGUGCUGGGGCAAGGGAUUCUGUCCUUGGUCACAGUGUAGCAAUGAGUUGCUCAGAACGGAUGAAAGAAAUGUGACAUAUCAGAAAUCCAGCAGAUACCAGCUGAAGGGCGAUCUCAACAAAGGAGACGUGUCUCUGAUCAUAAAGAAUGUGACUCUAGCUGACCAUGGGACCUACUGCUGCAGGAUACAAUUCCCUGGUCCUAUGAAUGAUAAAAAAUUAGAACUGAAAUUAGACAUCAUCAAAGCAGCCAAGGUCACCCCAGCUCAGACUGCCCAUGGGGACUCUACUACAGCUUCUCCAAGAACCCUAACCACUGAGAGAAAUGGUUCAGAUAAGGAAUAUACACAGACCCUGGUGACCCUCCAUGACAACAACGGAAUAAAAAUUUCUACAUGGGCUGAUGAAAUUAAAGACUCUGGAGAAACUAUCAGAAAUGCUAUCCACAUUGGAGUGGGAGUCUCUGCUGGGUUGGCCCUGGCACUUAUCAUUGGUGUUUUAAUCCUUAAAUGGUAUUCCUAUAAGAAAAAGAAGUUACAGAAUUUAAGCCUUAUUACACUGGCCAACUUGCCUCCAGGAGGGUUGGUGAAUGCAGGAGCAGUCAGGAUUCGUUCUGAGGAAAAUAUCUACACCAUUGAGGAGAACGUAUAUGAAGUGGAGAAUUCAAAUGAGUACUACUGCUACGUCAACAGCCAGCAGCCAUCCUGAC